CCAGGGCAGAAUCAUUGCCGCCACACAAAAAUAAACAUCCUAUUUCUACCAAACACAGUUUCAAUAAAGUUCUGUAAAGCAAAUUCGCUUUUCUUGGUAAAUAGAUAAUCUGUCUGGGUUCAACAUAGUUCUGAAGGUUAUUUAGCUCUGUGAGCUGUGGCAGGCAGCCUGCAACUCAAGAAACACAGCACGCCAGUGACCAGCGCUCUGCGGUGCGAAACACAAUAACUUCAAUCACUUCAGAGUGAACCUGCGCGAGAAACGGCACGCCAGGGACCAGUGCCCAACACAGAAGCUUUGCGGCACGAAAGACAAUUCACUUGAAUCACUGUCAGAGUGCACCUACGUGAGAACCUGCAAGAAAGGAAUGUUCUGCUGCCUGUGCCGUCAACAUAGACAGAACUGCUAAGAGGGGUGUGUCAAAGCACCCUUUUAUUGAAAUAGGGGCCCAGAUUCAUCGGCUGGACUAUAUUAACUGGCACUCGGGGACAGAGCAUCACAUGGAAAGUGUGAGGGCUCAUGCAAUGCUGGCAAAAGAUAGGCAAGAACACAAACUACAGGUCACACAAUAGUGGACGAAAUGUUGAAGAUUCUGGCUCAAGUUGUGGAGGAGCCUAUCCUCCAUGUCAUCUAGACAUCUGUAGCCAAUGGCCUGGAGCCUGAUGAAACUACAGAUGUGGCAACUAAUAAGUACCUGGAUUUACAUGUCAGAUACAUGGAUCAAGAGGGACACCUUUACAACCAGUUCCUCGACCUGGUCUCAGUCCCUGAUGUAUGUCCUGUGAUACAAACAUGACAACAUAGUGGUGUGGCAAAACAGCUAAAGGAUGCCUUCCCGUGGACGGUGCCUGUGGCUUGUGCUGCCCACUGCCCUGCUCUGGCCUGUAAAGAUGCAUCAGCUGAGGUCCCCUAUAUGGACACUAUCAAGGAGCACCUGCAGCAGCUCCAUAGUUACUUUGCCAAAAGCAGUAACAAGACAGAAGUCUUGGGCCUUCAGUACUUAAAAGUGAAGGAAGUGAAAGAUGUUUGCUGGCUGUCCCAGCACCUGGCCGUGGCUAAUCUGCAGCGCAGUAUUGGCUGAGGUGGAGGUAAACCGGUGCCCACGCUGUCUGUGCCACGUACAGAUGUGGCAGCACGGACGUGCUUUCAAAAGUAUUCCAAAAGGAGGAUGUAAACUUCCUGGACAUAAAAGAGCAGGGCGAAGUCUGCACAGCAACAAGAAGUAUGAUUACGUUGGACUGUGCGUCUCAGCAGCUGAACACCAUGGAGCUUCUCGAGGAGGACCUCACCUGCCCAAUUUGCUGCUGUCUCUUUGAGGACCCGCGAGUUCUGCCGUGCUCACACAGCUUCUGCAAGAAGUGCUUGGAGGGGAUUCUGGAGGGGAACAACCGAGGACCCGUUUGGAGACCCCCAUUCAAAUGUCCCAGUUGCCGCAAGGAGACCACUCAAAACGGCAUAAACACCCUCCAGAUCAACUACUCGUUACGCGGAAUUGUGGAGAAAUACAACAAAAUCAGACUUUUACCCAGGAUGGUGCUGUGCAAACACCACAGUGGUCAACCGCUUAAUAUAUUUUGUGCCACAGACUUUAAACUUAUUUGUGGAUUUUGCGCAACAACUGGCGACCAUAAAGGACAUAAAUUCUGUGCCCUGGAAGACGCAUAUGAGCAGGAGAAAGCUGCGUUUGAAGAGCUGUUCCAGGGAGUGGAGUGCUGGCGCCGCGCAGAUACCAUAACCUGCCUGGAGACACUGGAAGCCAGUAAGAAAAGUGCACUCCAGUUAGUUUCCAGGGAUGCAGAGAAAGUAACGGACUAUUUCGUCAAACUGAUGAGCACCCUGGACCACAAAAAAAACGAGAUCCUCUCUGAUUUCGAGACGCUGAAGUUGGUGGUGAUGCAAGCCUACGAUCCCAAGAUUAACAAACUAAGCGCUGCGUUGGAGGAGCAGAGCCGCGUGCUCAGCAUCGCUGAGUCCUUCAGAAAUGUGACUGACCCCCUCUGCUUCCUCCAGCAGAUGCAGGAGUUCAGGGAGAAGUUGCGCGUUGUCCGGGAAACGACACUACCCUCCCGUAUAGACAUGGUUGUCGGUCACCUGGUCCGGAACUUCGACGUCAAAAAUUGGGACUCGGUGAAGCUCAAAGAUGUGGACAAGCUCUCGGUCCCCCAAGAGAGUAGCGCGUAUUGCUCAACGACCCCGCGUGUCGGCGCCAGAACGCUGGGGAGAGUCAUCGUGAUUGUUGUGUGCCUGUUACUAUACGCCCUGGUGCUUCCGCAGCUGGACAGCCUGACCGUGGUGUCAGCCCAAGUCUCCUCGCUCUGCCAUAGUUGCCUGCCCGUGCUGUCUGGCUGGCUGGAGCUGGCUACCGGUGCGUGGCAGUGUUGGAGAGAGGUAGUGGAUGCCUGGUGGGUGCGUGGCUGAAAUGUAUCCUGAACCUCUUUCACACAACUAGCUAAUUUCUUUGACGUUGUAGGUUGCUUUAGAUUUCCAAAUAUGUUAUUUUUGGAUCUGAAGCAAGCUGCAGCAGUCUGAUAGGCCUAUACUUUUACAUAUAGGCUUUCUAAGUAGAUUUAUAAAAAACACUAGAAAGCUAUUCAAGUAUUUACAAGCACAUAUGUAUCAUGAUUUUAGUAUUUUAUAUAGAAUAUAUAAACAGAACAUCCAUAACACUUAACGAGAAUCAAAACACUAUUGCAGUACAUUGAAUGUUGUCAGAUUUGAGAACAGCUUGUUUGGUGAAUAUUAAGCAGCAGCUCUGUCCUGGAGCACCAGCCAUCCUUCUCCAAGCCAUAUGAUCACACUAACACUUUGACAACUACAAGUCAAAGACUGAGUCACCUCAUGUGCAUAUUAAAGUAAAUAACAAUCAUGUCAUAGGCUAGAUAAUUUAGCAAAGGCCUAAUAUUUACACCUAGAAAGUCUGAGUUUGAUUUAUUUUUUGCCUAAAGUUUUACGGACAGUCUGUCAUAACGCCACAUACCGUGUCAUCAGCCUCAUCUUUUGCCUAAUAAAACUUCAAUUUGG